CCACUAGUUUGUGUUGUUCUGUACUCGCUGCGCAUGCUCAGUUCUAUAUCGCCCCGUUGCUGAGGACUGCGGAGUUUGAGCUCGUGUUUAACGGCAACACCGACGACCGUUUGCUAGCUAGCUAGCUAGCUAAUCAUGGUGAACGUAAAGAAACGGAAAGGUCGAGUCGUUAUCGACUCUGACUCUGAAGACAGCGCUAGCGAUGAUAAUUUAGAUCAGGAGCUUCUGUCUCUGGCCACCAAGAGGAAGAGGGUGGACUCGGAUGACCAGCAGGACGACCAGCCAGUCAGCAAGCCUGCAGCCUCAUCAGACUCUGAGACAUCAGACAGUGACGAUGAGUGGACGGCCGGUGGUCCUAAAGUCAAGAAGAAAGUUAAGCCGGGGAAACCGACAACAACAGAGAAGAAGAAAGAGGUGGCGAAGAAGAGAGUUCAUAAAGCUGCAUCGUCCGGUAGUUCUGGUGGAGACAGUUCAGCUGACAGUUCUGCCCCCGAGGAGGGUGAGGUGUCUGACUCCGAGAGCAACACCUCUGCCUCCAGCUCAGACUCCUCGUCGGAGGACGAUGUGUUCAGGGACGGCUAUGGAGAGGACCUGAUGGGAGACGAGGAGGACAGGGCUCGCCUGGAGCAGAUGACUGAGAAGGAGAGGGAGCAGGAGCUCUUCAACAGGAUAGAGAAGAGGGAGGUGCUCAAGAGGAGAUUUGAAAUUAAAAAGAAACUGAAGACGGCGAAGAAGAAGGAGAAAGAGGAGAAGAAGAAGAAGGACGAGGAAGAACAGAAGAAGAGAUCAUCCGGUCAUCAUGAAGACCGGACUCAUCAGGACCUGCAGGUGGUUACGUCUCACAACAAGGAGAGGAGAACUAAACGGGAUGAGAAGCUGGAUAAAAAGUCUCAGGCCAUGGAGGAACUGAAAGCAGAGAGAGAGAAGAAGAAAACCAGAACAGCGGAGCUCCUGGCGAAACGGCAGCCCCUGAAGACCAGCGAGGUGUACUCCGACGAUGAGGAGGAGGAGGAGGAGGAGGAGGAGGACAAAUCCUCAGUAAAGAGCGAUCGCAGUUCACGCUCUUCAUCUUAUUCCGAAGACGAAGAGAAAGAGGAGACGCCACCAAAAUCUCAGCCCGUGUCACUGCCAGACGAGCUGAACCGGAUCCGUCUGUCCCGACACAAACUGGAGCGCUGGUGCCACAUGCCGUUCUUCCAGAAGACUGUCAGCGGCUGCUUUGUACGGAUAGGCAUCGGAAACAGUAGUAGCAAACCGGUUUACAGGGUGGCUGAAAUAGUUGACGUGGUAGAGACGGCUAAAGUGUACCAGUUGGGAACGACCCGGACGAACAAAGGACUACAGUUACAGCAUGGUGGUGACACCCGAGUCUUCAGACUGGAGUUUGUGUCCAAUCAGGAGUUCACAGAAAACGAGUUCAUGAAGUGGAAGGAGGCAAUGAUCAUAGCCAGUAUGCAGGUCCCAACUCUAGAUGAGAUCAAUAAGAAAGAGCAGGCCAUCAAAGAGGCCUGUAACUACAAAUUCAACGACAAAGACAUCGAGGAUAUUGUCAAAGAGAAAGACAGAUUCAGAAAGGCUCCUUCCAACUACGCCAUGAAGAAAACGUCACUACUCAAAGAUAAGGCCAUGGCUGAGGAGAGUGGAGAAGGAGACCGAGCCAAAGAGAUCCAGGACCAGCUGAAUGAGUUGGAGGAGAGGGCCGAGCACCUGGACAGACAGAGGACAAAAAACAUCUCUGCCAUCAGCUACAUCAACCAGAGGAAUCGUAGCUGGAACAUUGUGGAGUCUGAGAAGGCUCUUGUCGCUGAAGGACAGAAUGCCAAGAUGCAGAUGGACCCGUUUACUAGACGGCAGUGCAAACCCACCAUGGUGUCUAACGCCAGAGACCCUUCAGUCCAUGCAGCUAUCCUCCAACACCUCAAUGAGAAGUACGGAGAAGGGUCGGGCAAAGAGAUGGACUUGGAGUUUGAGAUGGGCAGGGGAGCGGGACAGGCUGCUCUGAAAGUCAUCGACCCUACUAAGAACACCAGCGACCUAUCAGAGGACCUCUUUAAAGUCCACGACUUUGACGUCAAGAUUGACCUACAGGUUCCCAAUGCAGAAGCCAAGUCUCUGUCGGUGAGCGCCAACACCCUGGCAGUAAAAGACGGUGCUCCACGCAGAUCUCUCAACCUGGAGGACUACAAGAAGAGGAGGGGCUUGAUCUAAAGAACUACAGGAAGAGGGGCUUGGUCUAAUUAACUACAGGAAGAGGAGGGGUCCGUGUUCUAAUGAACUACAGGAAGAGGAAGGGAGGCUUGGUCUUAUGAUCUAAUAGCCUAACCCCUCAAGUCAGUCAGAACCACCUGCAUGUGUUGGUUGGCCAUUCUACCCCUGUGUGUGUGUUUGAGUAGUGUGUGUGUGUGUGUGUGUGUGUGUGUGUGUGUGUGUGAGAGAGAGAGAAAUGUGAGGUAAGUGUGAGGUAAGUGUGUGUGUGAUUGAGAGGUAAGUGUAUGUGGGGACAGAGUGUGUGUACACUAGAGACUGUCCAUUUUAAAACUGAUAGGAAAUAUUAAUAAGAGAAGACUAUUUUUUUUUUUCCCUUCUCUCUCUUAGAAGAAAGUUGUCCAACUUUUAUUUUUGCGUUAUUAUGUGCAAAGUCGUACUUGGAAUUGUUUUUUUUCUCUUUUUUUUCUUUCUUAGUUAUUUCUACGUUUUUAUAAAUAAAUCUUAUGUUGGUUCUCAUACGGAUCUGAAGUUCACUCCUUUUGGUGUCCAGGGAACAUUGCUUAUGGAAGGACACUGUCUUGUAAAGACUUAGAUUUGUUGAAAUACUGAAUCUGAUUUCCCCAUCAACAACAGACCUGGAUUUUCUUUCGUACCUGAUUUCAGGGCAGUUCCACCUGCACGGUUCACUAGAGGUGUAGGGUGAAGUUGCCUCUAGACGCUGAUCUUAGAUCAACCACUAACGGAUUGAGGUUAGGAUUAAGGAGGGAGGAGAAACUGAUUCAAGAUCUGUAGCUAAGGGGGAAACUUUAGACUGCAGAGCUGGAGCUGGCCCAUUAUCUACUUACUGGACAGUACAUGUCACUUUUUUUUUCUUCUUCAAGUCUACAAAAAGAAACAGAUUAAUCUAUUUACAUGGAUAUUUUUCUUUUAAUCUUUUUUUAUUUUUUUUUGCUACCGUUACCUCCCAUUUUCAGAGCAGAUUCUAAGUGUUAUCGAUUGUGUACUCAGUCAGUUCCUGUAUUGAUGUGGCAUGCCAUGUGUAUAUAAUACAGUGUGGAGUGAGGCAGAAUAAAGAGGGGCAGUGUUUCGUA